CGUUUUUACUCUGUUCUACAGCUUUGACAAUUAUUCUGCCAAUGUUAUGGUAGAUGGAAAACCAGUGAAUCUGGGCUUAUGGGAUACAGCUGGACAAGAAGAUUAUGACAGAUUACGACCUCUAUCCUAUCCACAAACAUGGUAUCCUGAAGUGCGACACCAUUGUCCCAACACUCCCAUCAUCCUUGUGGGAACUAAACUUGAUCUUAGGGAUGAUAAGGACACGAUUGAGAAACUGAAGGAGAAGAAGCUGACUCCUAUCACCUAUCCCCAGGGUUUAGCCAUGGCUAAAGAGAUUGGUGCUGUAAAAUACCUGGAGUGCUCUGCUCUCACACAGCGAGGCCUCAAGACAGUGUUUGAUGAAGCUAUCCGAGCAGUUCUCUGCCCACCACCGGUCAAGAAGAGGAAGAGAAAAUGCCUGCUGUUGUAAACGUCUGAGCCCCUUGUUCUUGGUCCUGUCCCUUGGAACCUUUGUACGCUUUGCUCAAAAAACGGUGGAGCCUUUGCACUCAAUGCCAAGUUUUUGUUACAGAUUAAUUUUUCCAUAAAACCAUUUUGAACCAAUCAGUAAUUUUAAAGUUUUGUUUGUUCUAAAUGUAAGAGUUUAGACUCACAUUCUAUUAAAAUUUAGCCCUAAAAUGACAAGCCUUCUUAAAGCCUUAUUUUUUGAAAAGCCCCUGUUCUUGCUCAGAAUAAGUUGCCAAAAUACCUUCUGAACUAAGUUACAUUGUUGCGCUAUGAACACUAAGCACUAAACUGUUUUUAAAGACCUUUGUCUUUAAGAAGACUGAAAUUAGGAGAUGCAGACACUUUCUAAGUAGUUUUCAGAUAUGUAAAGCAAGUCAGCCUCUUUAAGGAAAUGUUGCCAUUUAAUGCAUAAAUAAUUUUAUCAGCCCACGUUCAACACAUAACAUUGUACUGUAUAUCAUAAUGGAAUGAGUAUAACACCUCUUUGGAUCAGUCUUUUUGAUUUCAUAGUGAAAUUUUUAAAAAGUUGAUCAGCUUUUGCUGAGUUUCAACAGAACUCUUUACUCAUGUUUUCCUAUAAUGAAGUAUUCUUCUCUUAGUCGUGGGUGUGCUGGGGUGGAGUGUGUAAAACACUUAACAUGAUCAAAGGAUGAAGACAGUAUUUUGACAAAAUAAGAAGUAGAGGUUAAUUUACACUACAUUAUAUACAAAAUAAUCAAACUGAAUAAAAAUGUCACGGGUACAAAUUUUAAAAGGUUAAUUUCUUUUAAAUGCAGAUGAUAAAAGUUGGUAUUAUCAGUAAGUGUUUUCUUAAGAUUUUCCUGUCUCUUACACUUGCCAUCCCUCCCAAAAUUGGGCAUUUAAUUCAUCUUUGAACUGGUUAUUUCCUUAGUUGCUAACUUAGUGUUUUUCUAUAGAAUUCCUUCUUAAUGAGCAAUAUGCCUCCUUGUAUUAUAAAUCUUUCUGAUAAUGCAUUAGUUUUUUUGUAGAUUAGUAAAACUGCUUUCCUGUUUUCAUGUUACUUUAUUCAGAGCUAAUAAGUGCUUUUCUUAGUUUUCUAGUAUCUAGGUGUAAAAAUCAUGUGUUGCAGCUUUACAGUUUUAAAAAUAUUUUAGAUAUUCUUAACCUUUGAGCCUUCCUAACAUCACUGUCUUGCCAGAUUACUAACGGUGUCACUUGACUCAAUUGCCCCUAUUUACCUCACCCACACGGACACAUGCUUCCUGUAAUUGCUUUGCCUAACAAUGUUACUUGAGUCUGUGAGGUUCUGUAAACUGUGCUAGUGCUAACAAUGUUCUGUACAACUUAACUCACUGGCAAGAAUACAAUGUUGGAUCUUUCAACCACUAGAACAAAAUUUUUUAAAUUGACAGUUGCAGAAUUGUGGAGUGUUUUUACAUUGAUCUUUUGCUAAUGCGAUUAGCACUAUGUUUUGCAUGUAUGACUUAAUAAAUCCUUGAAUCAUA